AUGCGUUCUACAACAAGGGCCCUCGCAGCUCUGCUCUCAACUGUUCUAUACGUUCCCUCUGCAGCACAAACAUGGUCCAACUGUAACCCGACCCUACGAAGCGACUGCCCUCCAGACUCCGCGUUGGGAAGAACAGUAAACAUUGACUUCAGCUCAAAGUCCGACAGUUUCACUCCUCAGGGCAACCCAACCUAUGGCUCCGAUGGCGUAUCCUUUACCAUCUCAAAGGCUGGCGAUGCCCCACAGCUCACUUCGCUAUGGUACAUAAUGUUCGGCAGGGUAGACAUUCAACUCAAGGCUGCACCGGGCGCGGGCAUUGUUAGCAGCUUUGUCUUGCAAUCCGACACCCUUGAUGAAAUUGACUGGGAAUGGCUUGGUGCAGACCCUGAUGAGGUUCAGUCAAACUAUUUUGGAAAAGGUCAGACAACUGACUAUAACCGUGGUGCUUUCCAUUCAGACCCGGGUAGCCAAUCCAACUUCAAGACAUAUACGAUCAUCUGGACACCAGAGCAAAUUGUAUGGCAGAUUGAUGGCAACACUGUGCGCACUCUUGAACCCGCCAACGCCAACAACCAGUACCCCCAGACACCUAUGCAGGUCAAGUUUGGCUCCUGGAGCGGUGGUGACCCAGCGAACCCUGCCGGAACUAUCUCUUGGGCUCGUGGUCCUACCGACUACUCCAAGGGACCUUUCACCAUGACUGUCAAGUCCCUCAAGGUCCAGGACUACUCCACUGGUUCCCAGUAUAUCUACGGUGAUCAAUCCGGUACUUGGAAAUCCAUCAGAUCCAAUGGUGGUGCCAUUUUUGCGGGAGGUAAAGCUCCAGUUGCGAACGCACCCGCAGUCACCGCAACAGCUAAUGGCGCCCCUCUGCCUUUUGCUCCUCACCAGACCAACGCCGAGCGCCCCAGCGUUUACCCCUGGAUUCCUGACCCGAACGCUACUCCCACUCCUCAGCCCACAUUUGCAAACUAUCCUGGCCUUCCGAGUGGGUGGACUGUUUCCAAUACCGGAAAGGUGAUUCCACCCAGCUCAGCCACUAUGUCCCCUCCAGGUUCCUCUAUCUCAUCGCCGCAAGCUUUGCCUACGGAUUCCUCCGGCAAUGGGCCUAAGACUGUAACCGGCUACGACGACCAUGGCUUCACGACAAUUCGCACAAUCUUCCCCGAAGCCACGCCAGCACCCUCGGGUAACGCACCACAGGGCAACGCUGGAGAGGCGGUCCCUGCCGCUCCCUUGGCAGCAAGUUCUUGGACCCUUGUCAUCUCGAGCAUACUGCCCUGGGCAAUUGUACUCCUCCAUAUUCCAACCUGCCUCGGCUUCUAG